UUCCUAUAUAUUUUAUUACCCGGGUUUCAGUAUAAUGGCAGCAGGCUGCAUGUCUGGUUGGAUUUGAUGCUUGAUUUGCAUGAUUCCUAACAAUCAAUUUCUGGAUUUGUCAGUGAACAAGCAUGGCCCAUCCAGUGAAUAUUAAUGGCAGUUCCACAGAAAAAGAGGAAAAUGCUCUGAAUGGUGAGGAUGACAGAGAUCAGAAAGAUCCCUAUUUUGUGGAAACCCCUUAUGGUUACCAACUUGACUUGGAUUUUCUCAAGUAUGUGGAAGAUAUACAAAAGGGAAAUACUAUAAAAAAGUUGAACAUACAGAAAAAGCGGAAAGUGACACCACCUUUUACAGCUGUCAAAAACACCUCCAGCCAAUACAGCGGAUGGACAUCAAAUGAAUCCCUUUCUUCAUCCAACAGUGAUGAAAACAAACAUUCAUCUUCACUCUUUGCAGCACGAAGCCCAGCAGGCACCACCUCUGCAAGGCCAUCCUUGUCCUUUGAAGCCUCUCCAAACUUCCUAACGAUCCCUGAAAGCAAACAACUACUGCCUCCUUCACCACAGCUGCCUAGGCACAACCUUCGUGUCACAAAAACUCUAAUGGAAACAAGGAGAAGAUUGGAGCAGGAAAAGAUCACAAUGCAGGCAAUCCCAGGAGAAACGCGGAGGCCUAGGCUUUCCAGUUUUGGAGCAAUGGGUUCAACAAGCUCACUUCCUUCUUUUGUAGGAUCCAGUGGACACAACCAGAUGUCGCAGCAGUUUCAGAAUGGAUAUCAGGGCAAUGGAGAUUAUAAUCUUUAUCUAGCAUCCUCUUUAGGCAGUUCCAUCCGACAUAGCCCCUUGAGUUCAGGUAUAUCAACACCUGUGACCAAUGUGAGUCCAGUGCACCUACAGCACAUCAGGGAACAAAUGGCUAUUGCUCUGAAACGCCUUAAGGAGCUUGAGGAACAAGUCAAGACUAUUCCUGUGCUCCAGGUUAAGAUUUCAGUAUUACAGGAAGAGAAGAGGCAGAUGAUGGCAAAGCUCAAAAGCCAAAGAGUAGUCAACCAGAAUGACACAGGCCACUUCAGAAAGAGAUCUUACAGUGCAGGAAAUGCCGAGCAGUGGAAGCAUCUCUCUCCGGUCCGAGCCAGUGGGGAACUUUAUAUAGACUGUGAGGAAGACAUGGGGAGUGCAGAACCUAGCCCAGAGAGGGUAGAAGAGUUUAGGCAGUUGACUGCUGAAAUGCAAGCCUUGGAGAAGAAAGUCCAGGACAGCAGUUAUGAUAUUCCAUCUAAUCUGCGAGUGAACAGAGCAAGUGUAACAAAAGAAAAUAGGUCAGUUGCUGUAGGUUCAGAGGAAAAUAUGAAUGACAUUGUUGUAUACAACAGAGCUUUGAGAGCAUGCAGGGAUGUAGCAGUAGGAACGGAGGUCAAGACUAAAGAUUCUAUUGUUGGGGUUACAGAGGGGAUGCUUGGUCUAUCUACGGAAGCAGAGAGGGAAAUAGAGCUCCAGCAUCAGACCAUUGAAGCCCUUAAAGAGAAAAUCUACCGGCUAGAGGUCCAGUUGAGGGAAACCACUCAUGACAGGGAGAUGACCAAAUUAAAGCAUGAGCUUCAGGCAGCUGGGUCCAGAAAAAAAAUGGACAAGGCACUGAUGGCACAGCCCCUUGUCUUCAGCAGAGCCGUUGAAGCAGUAGUACAAACCAGAGACCAAAUGGUGGGAGAUCACGUGGAAGUUAUUGAUUCAUGUGUGGGGAGCUGUCUCCAGAUGAGUAGUGUUGGAGUAUUGUGUCGGCCUACAUUGCAGAGUUCAGCUGUGGGUCCAGAUGUGCCCAUGAAUUGGUGGAUUGUGAAGGAGAAAAAAGAAGUGUGUGACCGGUGCACUGGGAGCUCUGUUGAGCUAUGCAACAAGUGUGUGGGCACAGAAACAAGCAUCUGCGAAACUGGGGUCAAUACAGAGGAGUCUGUGGACAAUCUAAGCCUUCGCAAGACAGAACUGAAAAUCAAGGAAGUGCGGUCAAUAGGCUGUGGGGACUGUUUGGAUGUGACAAUCUGUCCAGCAAAUGAAACUGUGUCCUGCAGCACGCAAACAGACCUUAGUUGCAAAGCAGAUUCUGGAAUCAUGGCAGUGCCUCGUACGGCUACCCAGGGAACCGUUACAGUAUUAGAAAAGACAGACCAGUUCACGAACACGGAAGUGGCUACCUUGACGGAUUCCAGCACCAAUACUUUUCUGAGCACUUACGACAAACAGACAAACACUGUGAUUGUGGAGAUGAAGACUGUGGCCAUCGGAGAUGGUAGGGUCAAGGAUGUAAAUACAGCUGCUAAAACACGUUCCAUUGGUGUGGGAACUCUGCUUUCUACCACGGCUAGCUUUGAUAAAUCUUCCCUAGCAAAGACCAAAGACUGCGGGGUGGGGCAGAUCAGUAUCAAUGAGAACUAUCUAGUAGGCCUGAAAAUGAGAAACAUUGCCUGUGGUCCCCCUCCAGUGUCUGUAGCACCACCCAGCACUAGAAGUAUUGGUGUUGGGGAUGAAUCUGUGUGUGAAUCAGGGAGCCUCAUGGAGAGUAGUCCACUCCCGCUGCCUGAGAUGAGAACUGGCUUGGAUCACUACAUUGAACGGGUUCAGAAGCUUGUUCAAGAACAGCAGAUGCUUCUUGCUGAAAACUAUUCGGAACUAGCAGAUGCUUUUGGAGAGCCUCACUCGCAAAUUGGCUCUCUCAAUUCUCAGCUCAUCAGCACUCUGUCUUCCAUCAACACUGUCAUGAAAUAUGCAAGUACAGAGGAACUGCGCAACUUAGAUAUACCGAAGCAAUGCAUGAACAAAACUGCUGUAACAGAAGAAAAAUUGCUGAAUGUUCCUCGUGGCCACACUGGUAGUUCCCAUUCAGUUUCAAGUUCCCACAUGUUGAAACUGGGACAGGAGAUUGGGACCAUAAGUGAGGAGAAGACUGCCAUACUAGGAACAGCAUCGGACCGGAAAGCCUCACCUUCCGAAGAUGGCACCAUAUCUCCAAUUAAUCUAACAGAUGACCAGCUUGCCUCUGGGCUUUAUGUAUGUGCAAAUGAUGGCAUGUUGAAGUCCAUUAUGAAGAAAAAGGAUGGGAAAAAAGAUGAGAAUGCGAAAAAGAAUCUGCAGUUCGUCGGUAUAAAUGGAGGGUAUGAAACAACUUCAAGUGAUGAUUCUAGUUCAGAAGAGAGUUCCUCAUCGGAGUCCGAUGAUGAGUGUGUUGGGAAUGAAUAUGCUCGGAUUGAGGAGAAUGUUCGCUUGCUUGAGGUGCAAGGCCAGCAUGUGCUCAACACUGAAGAUGUUAAGUCUGUCAGAGGUGAAGAAACAGUGCAGGCUCAAGAGCCUGAGCCUGAAAAAGUGGAAAUCCGUGAGAGAUAUGAACUGAGUGAAAAGAUGCUGUCUGCAUGCCAUCUUCUUAAAAGCAGCAUUGAUGAUCCAAAGGCUAUGAUCAGCAAAGAGAUACGAUUUUGUUUAAACACCAUCCAGCAUGAGUGGUUUCGUGUGUCGAGCCAAAAGUCUGCCGUUCCUGCAAUGGUUGGGGACUACAUAACUGCUUUUGAAGAAGUUUCUCCUGCAGUUCUUAGACACGUCAUCAACAUGGCAGAUGGAAAUGGCAACACAGCUCUCCAUUACAGCGUCUCCCACUCUAACUUUGAAAUUGUGAAACUGCUUUUAGAUGCAAAUGUCUGCAACGUAAAUCACCAAAACAAGGCUGGCUAUACCCCCAUUAUGUUGGCCGCUCUUGCAGCUGUAGAGGCUGAGAAAGACAUGAGAAUAGUGGAAGAGCUUUUUGCCUGUGGAGACGUGAAUGCUAAAGCCAGUCAGGCUGGCCAGACUGCUCUGAUGCUCGCUGUGAGCCAUGGGCGAAUAGAUAUGGUGAAAGCGCUGCUGGCUUGUGGUGCAGAUGUCAACAUUCAAGAUGAUGAGGGCUCCACUGCUUUGAUGUGUGCGAGUGAGCAUGGACACGUUGAGAUCGUCAAACUUUUGCUGGCUCAACCUGGAUGUAAUGGUACCCUGGAGGACAAUGAUGGCAGCACAGCACUUUCAAUAGCCCUUGAAGCAGGCCACAAGGACAUUGCUGUUCUUCUCUAUGCUCAUGUAAACUUCUCCAAAACCCAGUCCCCGGGCACCCCAAGGCUUGGAAGGAAGCCAUCCCCUGGGCCUACCCAUAGAAGCCCGUUUGACUGCUAAUGCACAAACAUUUGUAAACUCUAAUGUCACCUCUCCUAAGCUGCUAGUGGUUACUGUUCUACAGUGACAGAUAUUGAAUGUAAUUGUCUUGUGCCUGAGCACACCAGCAAACUGAAAGCCUAGAGCUAAAGAUAGAGAAACGUUGACAGGAAAAAGGCUGCUAGGAUGGCAUCCUUGCUAACAACGUAACUAGGAUCAGCGUUCACGGUGUGGCUGACAGAUGGAAUCUAUUUUACAUUGAUCCCUAUGGCUAUUCAUGUGUGCCUCCUCACUACACAGAUCAGGCAGCCUUCUCCAUGCUGCUGCAGGAUCUUAUAGGUUCACAACUAGUCAUAGGACCACAUCAUGGCAAGUUGUUGGAUGCAAGGCUUGCAGUAUGGGGACAGUUGCCAUAAAGGAAUGAUUAUGUGUAGUCUCCCAUGUGGCACCAGUAGGCUUUUGAGUCCUCCUUUUGCUCAUCUUUUCAGCCUCCAGAAAAUGGCAUAAAGUCUUUGCUGUUGAAUAUAUCCUUCUGUUACCUUACGUACAGUUUUAAGCUAUCUGUCCAGUUACAAUUGUGCUCCCCACCCCCAAAACAAAUCUUUUUGGCUUUUUAUAAAGGUAUGUUCUUUACAGAUAUUUAUAUUUGCUACAGUUGGAAUUGUUUGUUGGCAAGAACCCUUUUAUAAAUGUCAUUCCAAAAUGGUUUUGAGUCUUGUGUUAAUGCUUAUUUUAAACAUGAAAAAUGGCAAUGGCUUACGUGGUUAGUUCUUUGGAAUGCCAGCUGGUGGGUUGAGGGCUUAACAAUAGAAGACAUUAAGAUGGCUUAACAAUAUGGCCUGAAACUUGUUAUUAAAUUGUUGCUGCCGAUUUGUAUAGCUUUUAUAUAUAAAAGAUUAAGUCAGUAUUUUUGACACUUUUUAUUCCAUCUUAAUUAAAAUAAUACUUUACACACAAUUGUUACUAGAUUUUUAUUAACUGUCAUCAACAUGAUCCGUGAUAUAUAUUGGAAGAUGUUUAUCCCUACUGGAAUCAAAUGUAGUUCUGGGCACGUAUAUAUGGAAUGCUUAUUUCCUUGUCAUGUUCACUUCAGUCAUAUGCAUUUAAAUGUUUGAAGUGCCUUAGACUCUUGCCAUAUUUUCAAAAUAAAAAAAUGAUGUUAUUUUAUU